UAGAGAAACCAUUAAGCAACGCGUCCUUUCAUUGAACAAUGCCUAUAAGGUACUGUGACUGUACCUCAGGCAGGCAUUGCAUUGAGAGACCAUUGCCUCUUGCAUUGAUCUAUGCGGUCUAUAUACUCUCUCGCUGUUGGCUGUGUUUACCACGACGUGUUUACGCCAAUGGUUUAUGCACGCGCGUUCGUAUGCGUUGGAGCCACAGCACAUCCGGCGUAAUAUACGUUACGAGAGUCUCUAAUCAAAUUUUUUGGUAUACCAUCCUGAAGUGAGCUGCAACGAUGGCAAAAGGAUCCGUGUUGUGGAGGCGAACCGAGACCAUCGACGAGGACAUGUGGGACGACAGCGACUUGAUUGCAGCUUACGACCGGGCUUACGAGAAAAUAAAGGCAAGUGUGCGACAUGCGACGCAGGCUAGUUCUGUUCGGAAGGUCUCUGUGAUUCUUGUCACGAUUUUUUUUUUUCAGAAAGAAAUUGAAAAAAGAAACCUUACUUCGUCGGAAAACUCAUCAGCAGGACAGGAACCAUCGACUGGAUGGAAGCAGGGUGACUACUGCAUUGCAGUCUACUCUGGAGACAAACUUCCAUAUGAGGCCAAGAUCAAGUGCAUUAGAGGGAAGCACUGCAUUGUUCACUACAUUGGGUACGGCAAUGAGGAGCGUGUCCUUUUGUCAGACCUCCACCCAUCAGAGGGCAAGAAGGCACGACAAGCUCAGCAAGCUCGAGCAGGGAGCAGUGUCCACACAAGCAAUGUGAAGUCUGGCUCAUUUCAGCAUUGCGCAGGCAUUCCUAAUCUUCCCAACGAACCUCCGUGGGGUGCUGCUAGCUUGGGAGCACCGCUUUCAAGCUCAGCUCAUGGCAUACCUCCCCUACCACCACAUCCGUCACUGUUCUUGGAGAAUAGUGCUGAGAGCGGUGCACUUUCCUCAAUGCUCAUGUCCUGGUAUUUGAGUGGCUACCACACUGGCUACUAUCAGGCACUGCAACAAUCUAGGCAGGCGCAGAAAUGAUGUGAUUUCAAGUACAAAGCCAUUUCUAGUGGUUCAGCCAUGAUUUAUUUUGCAAGUGUGGCAGUAAGUGAGCUAUACUUCUGCACAAAUAAAAUAAUAAGAACAUA